AUGACAACCAAAAAAAGAGCCGCGGUAUCGUUCACGGGUGGAAAGGACUGUACGUUGGCGCUGUGCCUGACAAAAGCGACGCACGACGUUGUGGUUCUUAUCACAUUUGGCCCCAAGAACUUCACCUCCUUCAAAGCACACUCGCUCGAAGUCAUCAAGUUGCAGGCUAAGGCGCUCGAUAUCCCUCACAUCUUGGUUGAGAUCGGUGAAGAGGGCAAGACCCAUCUCGAAUGUUACCGCGAAAAGAUUGCCGAGGUCAAGGAAAUAUAUAACCUCGACCUCCUUGUCACCGGCGAUAUCCUGAACGUGUGCGAUAACUUCAUGACCCGAGCCACUCAGGACAUUAUUCCGCUCUCCUGUCCGAUCUGGGCCAUCGAUCGAAAUGAGCUCCUAUCGACGCUCUUCUCUCGUGGUUUCUCACUCCUUAUCACUUGCGCGUCGAUUCAAAAGCUGAACAAUGACGAAUCCCUUGCCCGCCAGUUCGUCGGCCAAAAACUCACUCCGGAAUUCAAGAAAACGAUGUUGGAGCCGAGACAGGGGGAUGUGGAUAUGGGUGGCGAGAUGGGAGAGUUCCAUACGAUGGUGUUGACGGUCCCAGAGUUGUAUAAUGGCUAUAGGAUUGAGUAUGAGGGCGAGCCUAAGAGAGAAGGAGAGUUUGUGUUCAUGGAUUUUAAGGGUGUCAGGCUGGUUCGGGACGAGUAA